UGAGCGCUGGGUCCUGUGGCACAGGCGCGGACUACAAAUCCCAGUGUUUCCUCGCGCGCGCACAGUGGGAGCAGAGCAAAAAGAUGGUGGUCGUUUGCGCGCAUUUAUCCUGUCACCAGAGAGAGAGAGAACCCGAGGCCUGCAGCUCGUCCACUGUAUCGCACACCGCGCUCAGAUCGGAGGCUUCAGUAUCACGUCGCAACACUGACUGACAGCUCCGAUACGAGGAGAGGUCGCUACAGCCCGAGACGCGGCGCCGCCGCCACAGCUGCCAUGCCGAGGAGCCGCGGCCGCAGCCACACCGCUCGCAAGAAGGGGGCGCGGAAUGGAGCUAAAGGAGAUUCUCAGGCGAGUGAUGAUGACCUUGCCAGUGAAGUGCUCAGCCACUACAGCAGUACCAGCGAUUCAGCCAGUGUUCCUGAAGAAGGAACCGAAGCCAUUGAUGAACAGGCUGCACAAGAGGAAGCUGAGGAUAAACUGAGGGAAUGUAUAGAUAAUACAAUGGAUAAGAGUGCUAAAACGAGACAGAAUGCACUUGAAAGCCUUAAAUUAGCAUUUUCUUCCAAAAUUCUGACUGAUUUUUUGGUGGAAAGGAGACUCACCGUCACCGACUGUUUAGAACGCUGUCUAAAAAAAGGGAAAGCUGAGGAGCAGGCUAUCGCAGCCACUGUCGCAACAUUGUUCCUCAUUCAACUGGGAUCUUGUAAAGAGGGUGAAGACGUUUUCAAAACCCUUAAGUCUGUACUGUUCAACAUCGUUAAUGACAAGUCUGCCAGCUUGGCCAGUAGACAUAGUUGUGCUACCUCGAUAGGAAUGUGCUGCUACAUAGCUGCAGAUGAAGUGGAGGACCUCGCAUUUUGCCUGACUUGUUUGGAAAGUAUCUUUAGUGCUUCAUAUAAAAAGGGGGAUGGAUCAGUCCCUUCCCACAGUCCUCAGACCCAGGCCUUUCACUGCAGUGCUCUGCAAUGCUGGUCUGUGCUGCUUGCCAUCUGUCCACACUCCAAAAUUCAGAAGUCAUUGGACAACCAUCUGCCCAAACUACCUGACCUCCUGUGCAGUGACAGCGUGACCUUACGUAUAGCAACUGGGGAAGCCAUUGCCCUGCUGUUUGAGCUGGCGAGGGAGAUCGAUGAAGAGUUUCUGUACGAGGAUUCUGAUCAUCUUUGUGAAAAACUGAAGGCUCUAGCGACGGACAGUAAUAAAUACAGAGCAAAAACUGAUCGCAGGAAGCAGCGCUCCAUCUUCCGAGAUGUGAUCCAUUCUAUUGAGGAUGGUGAGUGUCCGGAGGAGACCAUCAAGUUUGGGGUGGAGUGCCUUUACAUAGACAGCUGGGUCAGAAGAAGAACAUAUGAUGCCUUCAAGGAAGUUCUGGGAUCCGGUGUCAGGCACCAUCUGCAGAACAACGAACUGCUGCGGGACAUCUUUGAUCUGGGGCCGCCUCUGGUACUGGAUGCCACCACCAUUCGAGCCAAUAAGAUUUCGCGAUUCGAGAGGCAUAUGUACAAUUCUGCAGCAUUCAAAGCUCGAACCAAGGCAAGAAACAAAGUCCGGGACAAGAGAGCAGAUGUCCUGUGAGGAGCCACAGCAGAUAGAAUGUCACACCUCUCUAAAUGUUUCUGUUGCUGGUCACAGAUAUAAAACUCAACUCUCAACAGGGUUUCCCGAACUGGGGACGCAAAUCAUGGGACCUUUUUAGAACUUUGUGCACAUGGCAAAGGAAGCUGUGUUUGCUUUUUAUCCAUUUAUUAUUUACAAAAAUCAGCACUUGAACAGCAUGAAAUCCUAUAAUGUGCAAGACUGGUUGACGGAAGGUGUGCUAACAUGGGCUGCUUCUGCUGACAUUAUCUUAAGGAGCGAUUCCGCUUGAACCUUUUCCCUUACUGUGUGAACUUACACAUUUUAGUCACUAGUGCAAAUAUAUUAUUGGGGUAAAUUAAUACAUAUUUCAAAAAAUCAUUUAAUUUUGCAAAAAAAACAAAAGCAGAAAAAUAAGUGGGUGGUUGUUUUGUAAUUUUCUAACAGCGUUUUUUUAAAACACCUGCGUUCUCCUUUGUAAAAUACAAAUGCACAAUAAUAAUGGAGCCAAAAUUUGCAGGAGAGGAAAGGUACACAGUUGCCUUGGCGGGAGCAGCACACUAAAAUUACCAUAAUGAAGAUAUUUUACUUUGUGGGAGGGUGUGUGAUUGACUCCCUUCUUGUUCCUUCCCUGUAACAGCACAAGAAGCAACGUCCUGAAAAAUGCACAAUAACUCUAAACCUUCCAAGUCUUCAUGCAACCUAAAAUGAAGUGGUUUAAAUUUUCAGCAAAGCGAUUUGCAAACUAAUCUGACCCACGUGCACACACAUACACCCUGUCUAAUUUUGAAUUUCACACUGUUGUCAGCACAUUGUACAUCAUUGUAUGAUCACAGUGCUUCCCAGAUCUUGCUUCCCAGAUCUUGCACUGACUGGCCUUAUAUAUUUAUUCAGAAUAGCUAGCAGACGGCAAGCUGGUGCAGCAUUGUAAUUAUUCAUUGUAAUUAUUUCAACUUGUGUGAAAAUUAUUUCAAAAGUUUUAACAUCUUCUUAACCUUUUGUAUGUUUAAUUCAAAUCAAAAAGUUGGGUGCUCUUAAUUUACUGAUUUAUUUGUUUUUUAAAUGCAAAUUAUAUCAAAGUAUUUUAUCUGGUUGUAUAAUCCUGGCACUACACCUGGAGGUCUAUUGAUAUUCUCUUAGCUUCCAAGAAUGUUUCUCUGGUAAGGCUGAGGUAACAUUCCAGGUGACUCUGCUCGUUUACUCCAGCCUUCAGUCACUCAGGUGCCUUGUUCCUGUUCGGUGCUAUACAGCCAAUUGAGCUGGUCAGCCAAUUGAGCUUUGCCAAUGCCCCCUGGUGUGGAAGGAGGAAAGAGGCGACUGCUUAACAUCAGUUAGUGUCGUAGUCCGUGGCUUGGGGUUCUAAUUCGACCCUACAUUUUCUCUAGCUCUGACAUUAGGUGUGUUACCUCGACUGACCUUUGAGUGCUGCUCUUUUUGGCUUUCUAUCUAAUAGCAAACUUCCCAAAAAAGGUUUGCCCUUUAAAGACCAUUGCUGUUCUGUGCCAUUGCACCUAUGUCCAAUACUUUUCUCACUGACAUCCUGACACUUUACACCUUCCACGCACAGGAUAGCUUCUUGGAUCUUUCUAAAGUGUAUGAAGGCUUCCCUGGGCUGGUAGCGAUGUUCUUCCUGCUGUGGCAGUAUCUUUGCCACUGCAAUUACAGUAAAAUGUCCAUUGUUUCUCCAGGGUGUAAGGAAGCCUCAGUUUUAUAGCCAUGAGACAGUGAGAGUUUGAAGCUCCUUUUUCACACAUUCAGAAACAGGCUAGGGUGGUGGUGAUUGGUGCUGAGAAUGGCAAUCCUGGAUCUGAGCUGCUAGUUGAAUUUUUGGUUUCCACCUACUCAAUGGAACUGUGCCUUAAGAUCCAGUGACCUGCAGCAGGUGGAGAUUAUACUGCCAGCGUGUGUGAGAGAGAAAGUGUUGUAUUAAAUAUUGUCUUUUCCUCUCUUCCCACCUGAUAAGUCACGUUCAUCUCCCAAUGCCACCACCAGUUUGAAGAAUCUACCUCCAGUGUUGCCUUGGGCCAGACUGAGAGACACUUCAAUGCAGAAAGUUUUUAGGAACAGAAUCCUUUAUCUUUUCAAGGUCUCCUUGAAAUGAGGAAAGGAGUGUAGGCAGGUGUGUGCCUUUGUACAUUGUAUCUGGAAGGGCUUAUUAAAUAUUGGAAAACGUGUGGUGUCAUUUCUGUGGGAAUAAAACAAUGCUAAAUGAUUA